GUUCACGAGCAGUAGAAGAAGAGCAACACCGCUUGUUCAAUUAAACAUGGCAGCUUCCCAGAGCUGUUGAACAUGAACAUUGGAUAUGUAAAAGCUACUAGCUACAUUAUUAAGUAUGUCACACUAGUCACGUUUAAUUACUGGUGCUACGUAAAGAGUCUGUAAAGGAGUCUGUUUAGUGGUUGCGGUGUUUAAUAGGCUUUUGGAGACCAUGUUGUCCACAUAGUGAGGGAAGCAGAGCAGCACCAUGGAGUUUUCUUCAGAGGAGGGGGACACUCAAACUCCCCAUGUCGUCGAUAUGACCACCAGUGAAAGGGUGGUGGAACUUCUGAACCAGGCUGCGCUGAUAGCCACAGAUGAAAAGCUAACCGUGCUCAAACAGGUCCAGGAGCUCAUCAUUAACAAGGAUCCUUCUCUUCUUGACAAUUUCUUGGAUGAGUUGAUCGCCUUUCAGACUGACAAGUCUAUCGAAGUGAGAAAAUUUGUCAUUGGCUUCAUAGAGGAAGCAUGUAAAAGGGACAAUGAGCUCCUUCUCAGACUGAUCGCCAAUCUGAACAUGUUGCUGAGGGACGAAAGUGUGAACGUGGUGAAGAAAGCCAUCCUCACGCUCACCCAACUGUACAAAGUUUCUCUGCAGUGGUUGGUGCGCUCCAAGGCAGUAUCGGAGAGGCAAGAGGCAUGCUGGGAUCUGGUCACACAAAUGAAAGGGGAUGUUCUGGCCUUGCUGGACUCUGAAAAUGACGGCGUUCGCACUCACGCCAUUAAGUUCACCGAAUCAUUAAUCAUCACCCUGUCACCGCGGACGUCAGACUCGGACGUUCCCAAGCGCCAGGAGGGUGACAUCAGCCUGGGCAAAGUUCCCAGAGAUCACUCGUACAUUCGCUACGAUGUUUUGUGCGAGGAGGGAAAGGCUGCACUGGAGAAGCUGCUGAAGUUCAUGGUCCAUCCGGCCAUUUCCAGCAUCAACCUCACCACAACCCUUGGCUCCCUGGCCACUAUCGCCCGCCAGAGGCCAAUGUUCAUGUCAGAGGUGGUGCAGGCGUAUGAGACGUUGCACGCGAACCUCCCACCCACUCUGGCCAAGUCUCAGGUCAGCAGCGUGCGAAAGAAUCUGAAGCUGCACUUGGUGGCCGUCCUCAAGCAUCCCUGCAGCCUGGAGUUCCAGGUUCAAAUUAGCACUCUGCUGCUGGACCUGGGAAUGCCCCAGAGUGAAAUAACACGCUCUACGCCUGCGCCCCGCGAGCAGCGCAAAAGGCCGCGCCAUGAAGAAUACACAGAGGGGAAAAAGGUCAAGAUGGAGCCCACCCUGAUGGAAGACGAUGAGGACAAAGAGGAGCCAGCCCCUCUCUCGGCCCCUAAACCAGCUGCUGUUCCAGCAGCUCAGUCAGCCAUCGACCUCACAGCUGAGUUCCUGCGCCCGCUGCUCUCCCCUGACAACGUAGCCAACCUGGUGCUCAUCAGCAUGGUGUAUCUGCCGGAUGUCAUGCCGGCGUCCUUCCAGGCCACGUACACACCUGUUGAGUCAGCAGGCACUGACGCGCAGAUUAAACAUCUGGCCAGGUUGAUGGCCACGCAGAUGACUGCAGCUGGGAUCGGUCCAGGACUCGAGCAGUGCAAAGCCAGAGAAGGCGACGCAGGCAAAGACGAAGGCAACAAUGAGGACGCCGAUGCUAAAGACCCGCUCAUCAAGCGCAAAGCCUCCGCGCUGGUGGGACAAGCCAUCUCUGUGGUGGGAGGCUACGAGAAAGAAAAGGCUCCAGAGGCUCCCGCAACAGUCAAGAGGCUUCCUGAACCCAUCCUGCCUACGGCGCAAACCAAAAUGACGGGGGCGACUGGGAGAAAAAAAGUGUUCCGAUUGUCGGAUGUCGUCCAGCCUUUAUCGGACACCCAGAUGGAAACGUUAACCUCCAGAGCAGUCAAACGCAUCCUGCAUUCAGAGAAGGCGAUUGCUCAAAGUGGCAUGUCCCAUGUCCGAGUGAAGCUCCUCUCUAAGCUUGUGACCCAGUUUGAAGGGAUGAUGAGAGAAGACGUGCUGGAAUUUAUUCUGGAGGACAUCAGGACACGGAGCGACCUGGCCUUUUCUCUCCUCUACCAAGAGUACAACACCUACCUCAGCCAGCUGCCAUCUGGGCUGCUGGACAGCUACGACCAGUGUCUCUACACGCUGCUGUCAGGCCUGCAGGAGAAACCCGAGCAGAGGGACGGACUUUUCACCAAGCUAGUACUGGAGGCACCCAUUAUAACCGAGUCAGCGUUGGACGUAAUCCGACGUUACUGCGAGGACGAGUCGCGGGUGUAUUUGGGCAUGACGACUCUGAAGGAGCUCAUCGUCAAGCGGCCCUCGAGGCAGUUUCAGUAUCUGCACGUACUUCUGGAUCUCAGCUCGCAUGAAAAAGAGAAGGUGCGGACCACUGCCUUGGCUUUUCUCAAGCGUAUGUACGAGAAAGACCAGCUCAGGGACUACAUUGAGAAGUUUGCCCUGAACUACAUGCAGCUUCUGGUCCACCCCAAUCCUCCAUCUCUGCUCUUUGGAGCUGACAAAGACACAGAGGUGGCUUCCCCCUGGACUGAAGAGACCGUGAGACAGUGUCUGUUCCUCUACCUGUCCCUGCUGCCUCUGAACCACCGGCUGGUCCACGAGCUGGCGUCAGUCUACACCGAGGCCAUCGCAGACAUCAAGCGCAGCGUGCUUCGAGCAAUAGAGCAGCCUAUCCGUGGAAUGGGGAUGAACUCUCCUGAGCUGCUGCUCUUGGUUGAAAACUGUCCUAAAGGAGCGGAGACGUUAGUUACUCGCUGUCUGCACAUUUUGACAGAUAAAGUGCCUCCGUCUCCAGAGCUGGUGGAGAGAGUGCGAGACCUUUACCACAAACGAGUGCCGGAUGUUCGUUUCCUAAUUCCAGUCAUAAAUGGCCUCGAAAAGAAUGAAGUCAUCCAGGCUCUCCCCAAGCUGAUCAAACUCAACCCGAUUGUAGUGAAGGAGGUGUUCAACCGUCUGUUGGGCACUCAACACAGUGAAGGAAGUUCAUCUGUGUCCCCUCUCACCCCAGGAGACCUGCUGAUUGCCCUACACAACAUAGACUCAAACAAAUGUGAUAUGAAGUCCAUCAUUAAAGCUACCAACCUGUGCUUUGGGGAGAAGAACGUGUACACGUCUGAGGUUCUGGCCGUGGUGAUGCAGCAGCUGAUGGAGCAGAGUCCCCUCCCCAUGCUGCUCAUGCGUACCGUCAUCCAGUCCCUCACCAUGUACCCCCGGCUGGGAGGCUUCGUCAUGAACAUCCUGUCCCGCCUCAUCGUCAAGCAGGUGUGGAAGUACCCCAAGGUGUGGGAAGGUUUUGUCAAGUGCUGCCAGAGGACCAAGCCUCAGUCAUACAGCGUGCUGCUUCAGCUGCCGGCCGCGCAACUGUCGAGCGUGUUUGAACGCUGCCCGGAGAUGAGAGAGCCUCUUCUACAGCACGUCCUCUCCUUCACACCUCAUCAGCAAGCUCACAUACCUGCCUCCAUCAUGUUGGUCCUGGAAGCAAAUAAAAGACCAGAACCAAAACCUGUAGAGCCGGUCGUGGAGAAAGAGAUGGAACCAAUUCCUGCCCCAGUUAGAGAAGAGGCUCCCACUGUGGCAAUGGAAGAGACUCCCACUGCUGCACUGGAAAAGUCUCCCACUGUGGCCCUGGAAAAGGCUCCCACUGUGGCCCUGGAAAAGUCUCCCACUGUGGCCCUGGAAAAGUCUCCCACUGUGGCCCUGGAAAAGUCUCCCACUGUGGCCCUGGAAAAGGCUCCCACUGUGGCCCUGGAAAAGUCUCCCACUGUGGCCCUGGAAAAGUCUCCCACUGUGGCCCUGGAAAAGUCUCCCACUGUGGAACUGGAAGAGCCAAAUCAGCAACACCCAGCCGUCAUGAAAGAUGAGGAGGAACCAAUGGAGCAUGAAGAGUCUGGUCCAGUGAUACAGGAGGAAACUGGUGACACUGUUUCCCAGGAGUUGACGAGAGCAGGGAGGACACCGUCACCUCAACCAGAGCUAGCUGAGGAACCGAUGGAGGCGUCUCAACCGCAGCCUUCACACCUCCAGCAGCCUGCUAAAGAUGUGGAAGCUGACGUCACAGCACCUGAGGCUGAAAGCAGCAGCCAAGAUGUAGAAUGACUGCUCAAAACAAAUGCGCACAAAAUCGGAUUUCUUUUA